GGCACUCGCUGAAUCUGCGCGCCUCGCGAGUUCUGACGAUCGUCAUGUGAUAACUGCCACGCACCUGAUGGCAGGGGCCAUUGGGUGCCUUGCUUGGUUCCCAUUAAAGUCGACUGCGACCCGAACGCAACAAACCUAAGAGUUGGAAGGCGCAAGUUCCUCUGCCAGCGAGCUCACCCUCGGCAACCAGACUGCUGAAAGUGCGCUCCACGCCGGAAGUGCACUAAUCCGCAGCACGUGGGGUUGCCAGGGCGCUCUUCACGUGACUGGGCGGAGCCUCGGGAAUCCGGUAGCCAAUGGUAGCCCGAGAGGGCGGUGCCUGUGACGCUCCGGGGCCUAUCCCGGAAAUAGGGCUGAGUGGGGGCGGGUAAGGGCGGGGAGGCUGGGGUGUGGAAAGUGUGGCGGCCCCGCCCCGUCUCUUGGAACUGCCGCGGCCGCCACCGCCGCCGCCGGCGCCGCUGCUGUAGGGGACCAGCGCGGGUGCGCAGACGAAAGGCGCUCUUUGCCAGCUGAAAGUUCCCACGGAAAAACUACCAUCUCCCCGGCCCACCAUGGCAGACGAAAUUGAUUUCACUACUGGAGAUGCCGGGGCUUCCAGCACUUACCCUAUGCAGUGCUCGGCCUUGCGCAAAAACGGCUUCGUGGUGCUCAAAGGACGACCAUGCAAAAUAGUGGAGAUGUCAACUUCCAAAACUGGAAAGCAUGGUCAUGCCAAGGUUCACCUUGUUGGAAUUGAUAUUUUCACGGGCAAAAAAUAUGAAGAUAUUUGUCCUUCUACUCACAACAUGGAUGUUCCAAAUAUUAAGAGAAAUGAUUAUCAACUGAUAUGCAUUCAAGAUGGUUACCUUUCCCUGCUGACAGAAACUGGUGAAGUUCGUGAGGAUCUUAAACUGCCAGAAGGUGAACUAGGCAAAGAAAUAGAGGGAAAAUACAAUGCAGGUGAAGAUGUACAGGUGUCUGUCAUGUGUGCAAUGAGUGAAGAAUAUGCUGUAGCCAUAAAACCCUGCAAAUAAAUGGAAACAUCAGGCAUGAACACUGUUUAGGUCUGAAUCAACUGCAGAUCUAAUUUGGUUCUAAGUUGUCACCAAAGCUAUAGCCUUCAUAAGCAACCUCAUUUCUUUUUUUAAUUGUUUUCAGAUUGUGCUGGGUUAGUUUUGCAAGCAAUUGAUAAUUUUUAAAAAAUUAUCAAUAUGUAUAAUUUUUUUUGAAUUUCGUAGGUAUGUUUCCUAUAAUAUUCCUGUGGUUUUCAGUAUGUCAGUCCAAGAAACAAACAAGAUAGCUUCAGCAGAUGUGAUUUGUCUGAGCAAAUCAUUCCUGUGUUUUAGUUAAAUGAUAAACCAGGGUUUUAAAUCAAACAAUGUAGCAUAAAGUGGUAUUGAAGUACCACAUUUAAGUUGAACUGCUCUGCAUUAAUUACAGAUUUAAUAUAAAAUGAACUGAUUAUAUAUUGGAAUUGUUGCACUUUCAGCCUGUGUAGGGCAAACACAAAUCCUUAAACAAAAAUCAUGUUAUCAAAAACUGUCAGUUAUUUUGGUGGCCACAUGCAACCAUGUGAUUACUUUGGUCAUACUAUUUACCAAAUUGUUGGCAAACUUGAUGUAAUCUUAUAUGGUGGUUUUAGUCCCUUCUUAUGGUUGGCAGAAGGGCACUGAACUGUUGGGUGAAAGUUAGCAAGUAAGAUUAUAAGGAAGACACAAAAGACAGUGGCAAAGAGGGUUGAUUAAAUCUGUAAGUUUUUAUGUGAGGACUUUGUAAGUCAGCAUAAAAAUGAAAAGUUGUUUCUCAGUUGUUUUUGCUUUUAACUUUGCCCCCAACGUUUAAAGGGAGUGAACUGCUUUACAGGAUACUAUGCAAUGCUUGUUUUCCAACUAUGUUGAAUAAAUAUUAAUAUUUAUCAGUAAAUACUCCUUUCCAACUUUUUCUUUUUUUUUUUUUUUUUUUGAGACUGAGUCUCACUCCAUCAGCCAGGCUGGAGUGCAGUGGUGCAGUCUCGGCUCACUGCAACCUCUGCCACCCGGGUUCAAGCAAUUCUCCUGCCUCAGCCUCCCAAGUAGCUGGGACUACAGGUGCACGCCACCACGCCCAGCUAAUUUUUUUUGUAUUUUUUAGUAGAGAUGGGGUUUCACCAUGUUGUCUAGGCUGGUCUUGAACUCCUGACCUCAGGUGAUCCACCUGCCUCAGCCUCCGAAAGUGCUGGGAUUACAGGCAUGAGCCACCACACCUGGCCCCUUUCCAACCAUUUCUAAGUAGAUUUUUUGACAUUAAUGUAUUUAUUAAACAAAAACUGAGAAUUCCUUAAAUUGAUUUGGAAUUUUUGUUAAUUUUAUGUCCUUUUUUUCCUAAAGUGAAUAAAGUGAAUCAUGGAAGCAGCAUUACUUUA